CUCCUUUUGUCAACAUACUUUCAUUGUCUUUGUUACUUUCUAGUCUGUAGUGUCCCACUUUUGAAGCCUCUCUGUCUCUCUUUAAUACCCUCUUUCUGAGUUCCACUUCAGAAAAGGAGAAGAAAACAGAACAGCAUUGCUACACAUGGGUGCUUCUGGCAACAAUUUUCUCCAAGUGGUCGCCAAGAACUUCGAUGUUCUUGCUCUGCCCUUGGUCACCCUUGUUUACCCUUUAUAUGCUUCAAUCAAGGCCAUAGAGACCAGGUCUAGUACUGAUGAUCAGCAAUGGCUGACUUAUUGGGUUCUCUAUUCAUUGAUCACACUCUUCGAGCUCACAUUUGCCAAAGUUCUUGAAGUGCUUGCCAUAUGGCCCUAUGCCAAGUUGAUACUCAGUUGCUGGUUGGUUCUUCCAAACUUUAAUGGGGCAGCACAUGUUUAUAGGCACUAUGUUAGACCAUUCUAUAUGAAUCCACAAAUGCCUCAAAUGCCUCAAAUCCCAGGAACUUCUCAAAUGUGGUAUGUUCCUAGAAAGAACAUCUUUAGUAAGCAGGAUGAUGUCCUUACUGCUGCUGAGAGAUACAUGGAAGAGCAUGGAACAGAAGCAUUUGAAAGACUCAUAACCAAGGCUGACAGAGAAGCUAGAGCAAGGAGGAAUGGAAAUUAUAUGAUCUUUGAUGAUGAUUAUAUAGAUUAACUUUGUUAACCCUUAAACUUUUCUCUGUAGUAUACUAGUAUCACUAUGACAAUUCCUUAAAUAGUUAUUUAAGUGUAUGACUUAUGAACUUAGUGACUUUAGAUAUGUUUAGUUCAGGUUCAUCAAGUUGGCCUAUAAAGACAUAAGCAGGAAAAGAUAAAAGAGGGGGAGAAAGUGAUGGGGAUUGAGUGAUGACCAAAGUCAGAAGCAAUCACUACCUUCUGGCCAAAGUAAAUAUGAAUUUUUCAUUCCUACUUCAAGUAAAUAGAUAUACCCACAUUGACUUUUGAGCUUAAAACAA